GCGCGCACGCAGCCUCCCUCUGCCCGGCUCCUCCCCUCCCCCUUCGCUCCUUGUCCCGCUCGCUUGUGGCGCUUGGCGGCUGCUGAGGAGACGCCGCCGCCGGAGCCCGGGCCGGCCUGUGAGGAGGAGCCGCCGCCCCGCACCACCCCCCGGGAGAGCCGCCUCCGCCCUCCUCGCCCGGCGACACCCCCUCCCCGGUGCUGCCCACCCACCGGCCCGCUGCGGCGCGCGCAGACCUCCUGAUUUCCAUUCUCUUGUGGGGAAGAGUUCCUGUUAUACUUGUUAGUUCAACAUGGCAGACCAGAGGCAACGUUCGCUGUCUACCUCCGGAGAAUCGUUGUACCAUGUUCUAGGACUGGACAAGAAUGCCACUUCUGAUGAUAUAAAAAAGUCAUACAGGAAACUUGCAUUGAAAUAUCAUCCUGAUAAGAACCCAGAUAAUCCAGAGGCUGCAGAUAAAUUUAAAGAGAUCAACAAUGCACAUGCAAUAUUGACUGAUGCCACAAAACGAAACAUCUAUGAUAAGUAUGGCUCCUUGGGUCUGUAUGUAGCAGAGCAGUUUGGAGAGGAGAAUGUCAACACAUACUUCGUCCUAUCCAGCUGGUGGGCAAAGGCCCUGUUUGUGUUCUGUGGGCUCAUCACAGGCUGCUACUGCUGUUGCUGUCUGUGUUGCUGCUGUAACUGUUGCUGUGGAAAGUGUAAACCUAAACCUCCUGAAGGCAGCGAGCAGGAAUACUAUGUCUCUCCAGAGGACUUGGAGGCACAGUUACAGUCGGACGAAAGGGAGGCCGCAGACACACCUAUUGUGAUACAACCAGCAUCAGCCUCAGAGACGACCCAGCUCACAACCGACUCUCACCCCAGCUACCACACUGAUGGAUUUAACUAAUGAUUUAGAAUGGAUAAAUAAAUACACGGCCAACUCAACACUAGAAUCAUGAACAUUAGAAAUAGCGAAUGGAGAGGGGGAAAAGUUUUGCCACAGUAAGAAGGCAGUCUCCAACCUGCCGAGAAUAUUUUGUAAUCCCUUCAGCCUUUUGUCACCUUCAGUGUCGUAUCUUGAUGAUACAUGAAGUGCUGUAGCAUGCAGUAUUUAAAGCAGUUUAGCUAUGGUCUUAUUUGUUUGUUUUUCCCUUUUUAUAGCAUGUAUGGAGUUAUGUUAAAUGUCUGUUUGUGUUAUGUAUUGAGGAGUUUUCACAAUAAGAGUAUGAUGGAGACAUUCUGCAUUUUAAGCAGUGAUACCAGCCUAAAACAAGAUCUUUUUUAAAGUGAGUGAAAUCAGUCACACACAAGCUGCUCUGCUUCCAUACAGUUGGACUGUGAAGUCCUUAGAGUUCAUCAUUUUUAUGUGAGUGCAACAAAGAUCUUAAGGUCUUUUGUUUUUAGGCCUUCCUGUGUCUCCCUGCACCUCUAUCUAAGCAAGUUUAUAAUGCAAAGAACCAAAAACUGCCAACAUUGUAAGGCAGGAAUUCUUUAAUGAUGAUUUUCAGCCUAAAUAAAACUACCCUGGACAUGCUUCCCUCAUUUGUUUUUUACUCUUCAGACAUUAAAUUGAUGGACAGCUCCUUAUGCAUAAUGGGAAUUCUUUGAUAGUAUAGGCCCAAAAUGUAGAUUGUGACAAAAAUCAAAUGUUAAUAGCAUUAUUUUUAGGGACUUCUUUAUUUCAAGCAGAAACUGUUUGAGUUUAAGCAUUCCCUUGCAGUGUUUAUAACCAACUAUUGCAGCCUCUUAUUAGUGCAUGAGAAUCUUAACGUGAAACUGAUUAGUCUGUUUUCAUUAUCCAAGUGAAGGAAAUGCAGAAAGUAAACAAAUAGCAUCAGUGGUGGAAAGCAAAUUAGAUUUUUAAAAUUCUCUUUUAAUAAUCUAAAAUGCUAUUAGUAAGACCAUUAGGAACACUUAUUUUUUAAAAAUGCUUUUAACCUGACAAUGUCCCUUUAAUUUUUGUCAUGAACAACUUUUUGGAAGGUGUAAAUGGCUAUUUAAGGACAAAACACCUCACUUUGUGUUUACAUCAAAUAAUAGUUUACACACACACUACUCUGUUUAGAUAUGUUUACUUAAACAUUUUAUUUUUCUGCACAUAAAUUAUUGUGGAAACUAUUAAACAAUUUCCUGUGCUAUCUUGAAAUCAGAUCAUGUCUGAAUAAUGUUUAAAACUGUGGUUUAAUAUAUGAAUUUUAGGUUUGCUCAGCUGUCACAGAAACAUUUACUUUGCAGUUGAAUUGCUUAUAUAUUUUGCUUUUAACGGAUUUCUCUUUAGAAAAUGUUGAAUAAGGAUUUAGGGGAACAACUAGGGAGCUUUUGGUAGUUACUUACUGCCUCUUCUGCUUUGAUCUUUUAUGUCUUCAUCACUUCUCCUCUCUUCCCUUUGCAUCUGUUUCUUCACAUCACAUGCCCCAACCGCACUUUUUCAGGCCCUACAAAGUGACUGACAUCCUUCCAGCCAACAUUCCCUUUGGGACUCUUCCAUGCUGCUCUUUCACAAGGCAGAGGCGUCUCUUUGGAGAAAGUGCUUAGCACUGCUCAAGUGGCCCUGCCAGCCUAUAGAAGAAGAGCCCAGGAACUGAACUAAGGUUUCUUGCCAUAGCAGGGCAAAGCACUACAAUUGGGCUAACCUAGCAUAGUUUCUUUGUUAUGAAGGUUGUAGCUUGUGCCUUGUCCAGGUGUGCAGGAUUGUCCAUGUGAUUAUCUUUCACUAUAACCUUGCACAUAGUGAAAGAUUACUUAAAACCUCUGUCUUGAAAUCCUGCCAAAUGUACUAGGCAAAAAAAAUAAAAUAAAAUUCAGCUCUCCGUGCUGAAUCAGGUUGUUCUAAAAGCAGUCUCUCUCUUCACACCCCUCCCUCCCCCCCCCCAGCGGCUGGUGCAUGAACACAAUUGCAUGCAUGUAAGUCUGGUGCAGGCAGAAGUGUGCUUUUGACUAUGUUGGAUCCUGGUGUGGUGUCAAAAGGGAAUCUAUAACUAAACAGAUUUUAGAUAGCAGAGUCCUUUAUGAGCCAUUUGCCCCCUGUAGCAUUUGAGUACAGUUGAUAGUCCUACAAACUUGAAGUUACUUGGACACUAUUACCAGCAUAUCUGGGGCAACCAGUGAUUUACUGCUCUGCUCUUUGUUUUGGUAUUUAGCAUCAGGAAAAAAACUGUUUUGCAGUCUCAAGAAAUCAGUCCCAAUCUGAUCUUAGAUCCUUGCUUAAGUAAAGUCUUUAUUUAACCCCUUUGGAUGGGGAAUAAAUUUCCAGCUCAAAACUAGGGUCACAAUGGCCUUGUAUAGACACUACCUAACCCUGUACUUAAUGUUAUGUUCUACUCUGGAGUACAUUAGGAUAUAUAUGCAAGCUUAAUUCCCUAGAAGCUUACUGGCCAAAGCUGCUUUUGUGGUCUGUACAUGUCAGUGAAUGCUACUGGCUAAAAGUUAACUACAUUUAUCUGAACAGCUGACAAAAGGGGCUGGUAAAAUGAUGGAAAGACUCUUUCCACAUGUAUUAAUUACACUUCAGAAUAGUCUUCCUUCCUCUUGUCUAGAAGUACUGAUGCAAAACAUCAGUUCAUUUGAAUUGUCACUUUAAUGUGAAGAAGUUGUGACUCCUUGUAUCAGGGAUCCAAGUUAGUGUUGAUCUUUAGUUAUUUUUGAAAUUGCAGAUAUUAUUUCUUAGUUUCUGUAGCACUUCAUUUGCAUCAGUAAAGUCGUCAGGAUGUUUCUGUGUGCAAUGUGAGAAUUAAAUGCAGGACAAGGCUUCUUAACUCGAGCUUCAAACUCCACUGAAGUAAGUUGUAAGAACUUACUGCAUUCUUUGUCACCAAUGUCACCAUCUAGGAGCCCUGUGUACUUUUAAAUACAAACUAAUCUUAAAACUGUGAAAUUGAGGAAGAUCAGAAAAACAAAAUUAAAGAUGACACCCGAGUUCAUGUUCUGCACUGUUUGGAAAAAGAGCCAUGAUAGGGUAAAUUUAAAAGUGCACCACAGUGGUGGUGGUGGGGGUGGGACGACAAGAUUCAGACUAGUAACACAUUUAUAUAUCCUUGAUUAUCCACUAUAUAAGUCCAUAAUUUCCUCCUUUUUAAUUACCUAGCAAGACCCAAAUUCAGAAAGUGGUAGUUUCCUUUCAACAGUUGAUGUGUCCACAUCCAUCUACAGUAAAUUAGCAGACCGUGCAUCAUUGUAUGUGGUUAUGUUGUAAGGGAAACACCAGAACGCUGAUCUCAGGACAUAGUGCACUCCCUCCCUUCCUUUUUAACAUCUUAAAUCUUUUCAGUGUAAGAUUUGUUGUAGGAGUGUCAUCCCUUUGUUUUUCCUGAUUUCUCAGUUUUUAUAUGAAACACAUGGUUAUUUUAAAUGUAGUUUAUUUCAAAAAAGGAUGUUAAACUGUAUUAUGUAACCAGAAGACUUGAAAGUUAUCCAUUCUCCUUUUCAUCUUUGUUUUUAUUUUAAAAAGGGCCCUGCCAGUAAAUAACUUGCCACAUUUAUUUUUAAUUGACAUAUAUAUUAUACAUGAACACCCCGAGCUCUAAAACCUACUACUUGCACUUUUGUAAUUGCAAAAUGGCCAAACUUUGUACACCCCUCCCCCCCCAGUGAGUACAAAAUGUAAAUAGUGGUUCCUUAGCUAACAUCUGACAUGCUAAGAAGCAGCAAACAUUUCCAAACUUUAUGGGACGCCUGCAUUGUCCUUACCCGAAUUGGAAUAGCAGCUGCACUUGGAGGCUACAACAGGCACCAAAACCUGGGAAAUUAAAAGGGAAGUGAACUUAAAGGCCAUUAUUACUGGCUUAGAUGCAGAAUGUUUCCUUCCAAAACACUUAACCUAAGCAGCGUUAUUCUGUGUUAAAUGUGUUGCCAGAGUUAAACUGAAACUUGUUUGUUUGUUUUCAAAGUUAUUUUAUAAGAGAAAUUUUCUCUGUUUCCUGAGGUCUUUGUUUAGGUUGUUUAGUCUUUCCCAUCUAGCUCAUAAAACCUCUCCAGAACAAUAGCUCCCUUAGUAGAUAGAAACAUAGCUGUUGGUAUCCAGGAGGUGGGAUUUUUGAGACAACCCAGUCUGGAGAGUACACUAGUGACUGAUAUUAAGGACCACCGACUUUACUUCCAAGUUUUGUUGUGAAUCCUAGAGAGAAUAUAUAAACAAAGCAGCUGCUUCAGUAUCAACAAAUACUUAAAUACCAUCAAUUUUUCAUUAUGGCAGAACUGCCAUUGAAGUAGCUGGUGAUGGAUUUAUUGGACGCCAUUCUUUCUCUGGAUGUGAAAAUCCCCAAGCUUCAGCUAGUGCAACAAAUGACAAGUCAAAAUCUUCACUUGAGGUGAAUGAAGGGGCACUGUGCCUGUUAAAUGCCAGUUUAAUUUCAUUGGUAAUGUAUGUAGGAAGUUAACUAUUUAUCUGUAUAUAAAUUUGUUUAUGUAAACGUCUUAAUGGCAUUUGAUGAUGUGUAGAUUUCUGCUAAUUCCAUGCAGUGACAUUUUAGAGCCAUAUCUUCAGUCUUAUUUUUAGAUUUGUAACAUUUUUAAACUGCUUUAGAUAUUAGUGCUCAGUGUUUAAAAUAUAUGAUGCUCUUUGAGAUUUAGAUGUGCAGAACCUGUUCAGAAAGAAGGUGUUAAUGUGGUACUAGAACGAGGACAACAGUUGUUAAAACCCAUCCUGUCAGAACCCGUUUACGCUACAGAUGUAACUAAGUUAGGGAGUUGAUUGAAGUUUGUUCCUGAUCCAUUUUAUACAGGUCAUUUUAUGUAAUGUGGUGGGACCUGUGUGCGCUUUUACAGGGCUAGACUUUGAGUAUUGGUGGUGUACACAGCCCUGAGAGAGGUGCCCUGUUUCCUUAACUAGGCUGUGCCCUUAGAAUCUGUCUGAUCCCCUUCAGUGUUCUUGACGUUUCCAAAUAAUUUAGGAAAUAGGUUUGUGCUGCAGUUUUCCCUGCCUAGUGCAACUGGAUAUUGGCUCAGCUUUUACAAGGGAUCCUUGCUAGGUAGAUUGAUAGGCUUCUGCCACUCUGCAGUUCCUCCGUCUUACUGACAGCUCUGGGUGCUGUUCAGCCUGCAUUAAUCCUUGGACUAGCGCACUAAACCCAGCUCCUGUACAGAUGUUUGUAGUGUGAGGUUGGUACAAACUGAACAUACAUAACUAUUUGAAUGCCACUGCUCCCUUCUAUAGAGGGAGCCUUCUAGUUUGUAGCAUACCAUUGAACUGCUUAUACACCUUAAAAUAAAUACCACUGAUAGCUUGGAAAGUUUAAUUUUGUUGGCUAUAUUGGGAAGGGAAAAGGCAGGAAAUCUUGUCAGUGUUCAAGACCUGUGAGAACUGAUAGUCUGCUUCACAUACCGCAUUUGGAGACUUCAGUGUUAUCUAAAUGAGAGACUACAAGCCUGAAGUCCCUGUUUCAUUCCAAGAAGGUGCUUUCUUCAAAGGCUAAGCUACAUUAGGGCAAUUGUUUGUCUCUUGCCUGCCACGCCAAACUCCAUAAUUCGGGAAGACACACUUUCAUUUGAAAGUAAAAUGCCAAUAUUACAUGCACCAUUCUGUUUAUUGCUAGAGGGAAAUGCUGGGUAUCGGUAGGUUACAUACAGAUAUAACCCGAAUAGACUUCUCAAGAAUUAAUGGCUGUCUUCUUCCCUACUACAUUUUCACAACCAACAAAGAAUGUUUCCUUGUUGUUUGUGGAAAGUUGCUGAUCAUAUUUUGUGUGCAGCAGUGGUUGCCAAAAGAUUGAAAGACUUAUUUGAAUCCUGUCAACUGCCCUUUGAUCCUGUCCCAUGAGACUGACUGGAGGUGUAACAAAAUACAUCGAUAGUUCCUGAUUCCUGUGCUGGUUUUAGGUACCCUGUGCAGUGGGGGAUUCAACGUAGUUUGCAAAUCAAGGAGGUCCAAACCUUGUGCUGUAAGUAUGGGAUUGCAAUAUCGUGUGUGUGUGUGUAUGUAUGCACGCACAUAUGAAUAUAUUUAUACAACAUGUGUGCACUUGGUACUGCUGCUGUCUGGUGGUAAAACAUUAAAUUUGCUUCCCAGCACUACUCUUAUGAACUCUCAGCCAGACAAGUGAAGAAGUUAGUUUUGUGUGCCCAGAAUCACAACUUCUCCUUUCAGCUGCAGGAAAAAGAAGUAGCUCGGUCAGCGAAUGGCAGGUGAAGAAAACAAUGAACAGAUCCUAUUGUAUGAAUAGAAUUAGAUACAGUGUUUGAAUGAGAAUGUCAUGCCAUAUGUAAGGGGGAGGGGGAAUCCUCUCAGCUUCUGUGUCCACAAAGUCUUCCCUCCUUGCUAGAAUAACUGUAUCUUGAAUAAUAAGAUGCCUUUGCACUGUCUGGUUCAGUAACCCCAAUUUUUGUUGCUUACAAACAGACUGAAUUCAAAAGGGUGGCAUGGAAUUGAUUAUGAAUUGUAACGUAAAACUAGUGGUGACUUCAAAACCACACAGAUUAUGGCCAAUGUUCAUGUUACUACCACCAAAUUACUUCUAGUCAUCUUGGUUAGAGAACGCCAGGUGGUCCUCCUUGGGCCUCAUUUCCCUUAAGGUGUUUCCUAACAUGAACACAAAGUACAUGCACAAAUCACAUUUGGUUUUCUAUUUGCUAAUGGCAAUCAGCACAAAUGUGAAAAUCUAUAGGAAUCAAGGAGGGGUUCCUUUUGCUACUUAAAUGUUUGAAAUGACAUUUGUGUCUGUCACAACAGAUGAACCUUAACAUUUGCCAAGCUCAAACUUUUGCUGUUAAGGUUUCCUUUUUUGGUGCAUGUGUGCCACUUUAGCCAAUUGCUGUCAUUCCAUUCAUUCUGCCACUUUUUGGGGUAGAAGAGGAGGCGCUAUUGGUUGCCUUGUCACAGACAUCCAACAAGGUUUAUAUUUAUUUUGCAUGUGAGCAAGGCCCUGAGAUAAGCAAUCCACUGUGGGUUUGUCAUAUCGGCCUCUUAUGAAGCCUGUGGGAGCUGAAGAUGUAAUGAGAGAAUGCAUUUCACAUUUGCACUGUUUUUCAGCUCUGGUGGGGUGAGGGAAAAGCCCUUGUUUAAAAAAACGUUAGCAGUUGUAAAAACAAAGGAUUAAAGCAUCUGAAAAGCAAUUAUAUAUGUAUAGACAUAUAUAUAUUUUGUUAUGUACCUAAAGGACCAUACUUUGAAUUGUAUGUAAGUAGAUGUGGCUGUCUGAACUUUGUGGAUUGUAACACUCGAUACUACUGAGCUCCUGUACAUACAUACGGUUAAAGCAGAAGGAAUUAUUUUAUGUUUUAGCAUGGUAAUGUGUAAUGUAUGUCUCAGUAUAAACUAAAAUAAAGAUUGCUAAAUUAUCUGAAA